AUGGCAGAGUCGAAUCUCAAGUCUGGCCCAGGCCGCCUUGCCCUGCUAGGUGCCACCGGUCAUACUGGUCGAAUGGUCCUGAAGAAGCUAUUGGAGAACUCGGACCUCUCUGCACAUGGUAUCAAUAUCUACGUUCGCUCCCGAGCCAAGCUAGAAAUACUGUUUCCUUCACUAUCAAAUGACCGCCGAGUGAAAGUCUUUGAAGGAAGUAUCAAAGAUCAUGCUUUGAUUCAGAAUUGUCUUGCUGCAGCUAGCACAAUCAUUUGCACAUUGGGAGAGAAUGAGAACAUCCCAGGAGUUACUGUUCUUGAGGAUUUUGCUCGAGCAACGAUCAAUGCUCUAUCAACCCUCCAAAGCAAGAAUGGAUGUUCGAUGCAACCGCGCCUCAUCAUGCUGUCCUCCGCGACUAUGAACCCCCGAUUCGCAGCAGCCCGACCAGCCAUUUUACAUUGGAUGAUUCGAACCGCAUUUGACAAGCCUUACAAUGACUUAAUCAAAGCCCAGGAGAUGCUUCUGGCUGUGCCGGAACUUCUCUCAGUUACACUCAUCCAGCCAAAUGCUCUCGUUGAAGAGAAACCAACAGGCUGUGUCCUGAGCACCGAAUUUGCCUAUAUAGCCUGCUCAUAUGAGGACUUGGCUGAGGGAUUCGUACGCGUCUGUACCUCUGCUCCAUUAGAGAAUCUGCCUCGCAUCGGAGUGUCGAGUGCGCGAGCGGAGAAUCCCCUGUUGUACGCGCCUUUCACGCUCGGCAAGAUUUUCCGUGGUCUCGCAUUCCAAUUCAUACCUGGUUAUUGGCAGACAGAGUACUGGAUCACAGCACGCCUCCAAAGCCGCUCAAAGGGCUCGAAGAGAGAUUGA